AUGGCCAACCCUUUCGAUGAUGAUUUCAAAAGCAGUAGCGCAACAAGCAACAGCAAGUUAAAAAGUUACACAACGCAUUCGAACAACAUUGAGGAUGAAGCAGAUUUCUAUGAACGUGAGAUUGAAAAGUAUAUGCAACAGUCUCUCGAUAGCACAGAGAGGUCGAGGCGUCAUCUGGAGAAUUCGGAAAAAAUCGGCGCUCAGACUGCUCAGGACUUGUUGGAACAACGUGAAAAAUUGGAGAGAACAGAACGUAAUCUCGAUGAAAUACAUAGAACUACCCAGAUCACUCAACGUAAUUUGAAUAGCUUAAAAUCAGUUUUUGGAGGAUUUUUCAAGAAUAAAUUUAGUCGUAAACCGCAAGAAGGGCCGAUAGAGCAAAUGCCGCAAUCGAAAUCUGCGUCUCGAUUAUCGGAGACUGUUGGCGAGAUCAGUGUUGCCGGUGCUGGCGGCUCGCCAGCAUCAUUCUCUGGGACCUCAGGAGUACCUCAAACCACACUGAGUGAAUCAAGCAGAAAUGCAAUCAAAGGAACUCGGUGGGAAGUCAUGGACAAUCAAAUAGAUGAGAAUCUGGAUGCGAUGUCAAGGAACCUUCGUAACCUUCAGCGUUUGGGUCAGGACCUAGGGAAAGAGGUCGACGAACAGAAUCAGUUGCUUGAUCGCAUUCAAGCUAAAGCUGACCGAAAUGAUGUCAUUGUACGCGUACAAGAUAAGCAGAUGCAAAAAAUAUUGGGAACCGAAGCGAAGAAUGAAGACUCUUCAAUGACACCUAGCCUUGACAGUUCGACAAAGAUGUCUCUGGCCAUGAAAGCAGCCAAUCUGUUCCGUUGA